CCCUAUACUGCAUCCAAAUCCACCCUUCAGUCUAUUAUCCAGACCCACAAAAGUCCAUCUCUUGCUCAGCCCAACCCUCUAUCACUCCAGCAUCUACCCAACAAACACCUUCCAUCCCACUACCAGUCUGUGAGUCAUUUACCCAAAUCUCCACUUAAAAAUAACCAAUUUGAACACCAAAUGGGACCAAAGCAAACCAGCCCACCUCACCCUGACCUUCAAACAACUGUAUCCCUGAACAGUCCAUCUCAUCUUGAACCUCUGGGUUACUUUCACCAAGCCCUGCCCCAAACUACCCCCAGUCAAACUCUGGGUCAAGGUAGCUUUCCCCAGACAGACCAGUCCCAAUCUGAAAUACUAUCUGAAGCUUCUAGUAUCUCUUCCCAGCCCCUUUCCCAAAGUAAUACACCCCAUGCAUCUACAUCUGGGUGGAAGCAAUCUCAGCCUUCAGUAACUCCCAGAUCUUUCAGCCCUCUACUCUUCACAUUGAGGGUUGACCCAGUCGUCACACUAGAUGAGGGUAAAGAGAUCACAGAUGUUCUGUCUCCAGCAAAAAUCAAAACCAUGAGCCCAGUGUCUGUCUUUGCUCCCUUAGCUACUCCUUCUCCUUCUUAUUUUUCUGGCUCUACCUAUCAGUCAACUCUUCACUCCUCAUCCUCUACUUCAGAUCAUACUUUGCUUGCAUCUUCCCUUGUUCACCAUAGCUCUACCACUCCUCCAUAUCCUUCUACAGGUUCACCCCUAGUAUCAAUGCAUCCAUCCAUCAAAUCAAAAUUGUUCACCCAUUCCUCUUCUUCCUCUGUAAAGGACCAACCCAAAACAGCUCCAGCCAUUUCUGCUCUAACUUCUCCUUCCCCGAUUUCAGUUCCUCCUAAUUUUCCCUCUGACCAACCAUCCUCUACUUCCCCUGUGCCAUCCUCCUUAGCCUCUUCAUUAAAAUCAUUGAAUUCCUCCAACUAUCCAUCACCAGCUCCCUUAUUCUCCCCACUCCCUUUAUCUACUUCUUCCUCAUCUCCCUUUACCUCCUCCCAGUAUAUCACAGGUUCAACCUUUUCCUCAACCUCUUCUUCCACCAUCUCUCCUGUUCUCUCCUCCUCCAUUGUCUCUGGAGCUUCUUCCCUAGGUUUUGCAACUUCCCCCCGUUCACCUCCUCCUUCUUCCUCAUCUACCUCUACCCCAGCAACUUCUCUCUUCCCAUUGGGAUCAUCAUAUUCCUCCAAUUCAUCUGCCACUUCCUCCUCUUCUAUGUCAUCUACCACCAUGUAUCCAGGACCCUCACCAGCUCCCCGUCGUUCUCUUCACAACCCCUCCUCGUCCUCUUUGUCCCCUGCACCCUCCCACAAAGUGACUGUAGGUCAGAGGUUGCUAAUCCAGAACCACAUGGCAUCAUCUAAUCCUAAAACCAUCAUUAACUCACCAACAUUAAGAGCAGUGAUUCACCCAAACCACCAACCUGAUCCAAGCCUUAAACCAAACUUUAAACUAAAUAUUGGUCAUGAAUUGAAACCAAAUCUUCCGAACAGUGAAACUAAACCCAAACGUCCCUCCAAUCCCUCUGGAACUCCAGACAAGGAAGAGAAAUAUCCAGAUAUUAUCCCCAGACACAGUGCCUGGGAGCUGGGCAUGUUGCUGGGCUCCUCAGCUGGCUUGGGUAUGGUGCUGGUGGUCGGGAUAAGAUAUAUGUACCGUCAAGCCUGUCACAAACAGACAGAGAUGACGCUGAAUGACAGGGAGAGAGAGUAUGGGAGAGGAGAAAGAGGGCUGAUCCAUGUCCAGGAGUGUGGAGAUUUGGUCAGAGUCCGGAGAAUCAGAGAAAACAGCUUUGUGCUUCUGGCAGAGUAUGAUAUACUGGCAUCACCUGGAGACUGA